AUGGGGGCCGCAGGAGGGCUGGGGCUGGCCGUGCUGGCGGCCGCGGUGCUGUGCGGGCCGGGGGCGCUCGCCGGGCGCGUCCUCAGCGGCCAGAAGGUGUGCUAUGGUGCCUUCAAGCACUCCUGUUACAAGCUAGCCUAUUUCCAGGACUUGUCUCGACGCGUGGGCUUCCAGGAGGCCCGCCAGGCCUGUGAAAUCGAUGGCGGGGCUCUGCUGAGCUUGGAAAGUGAAGCUGAGCAGCAGCUGAUAGAAAACAUGCUGCAGAACCUCACCAAAUCAGGCUCUGGGAUUUCUGAUGGUGAUUUCUGGAUUGGGCUGUGGAGGAGUGGCGAUGGACUGGCCACGUCGAGUGCCUGCCCCGACCUCUACCAGUGGGCCGAUGGAAGUAUGUCACCAUUCAGAAACUGGUACACAGAUGAGCCUUCCUGUGGAAGCGAAGCCUGUGUGGUGAUGUAUCACCAGCCAACUGCAAACCCUGGUCUGGGAGGGCCAUACCUUUAUCAAUGGAACGAUGACAGAUGCAACAUGAAGCACAAUUUUAUCUGCAAAUAUGCACCAGAUAAUGUCUUAGAAAAAGAAUUAGGAGACAGAGCAGAGCCAGAAUACGAUAUUUUUCCAACAGUGCCAGCAGGAAAUCCUUAUGAUACAAGCAAACCAGAAGAUCAGUAUCAUAUUAUUGCUACUGAAACAGGUAUAAUUCCGAAUUUAAUUUAUGUUGUAAUACCCACUAUACCACUGCUGCUGUUGAUACUGGUGGCUUUUGGGACUUGCUGUUUCCAGAUGCUUCAUAAAAGUAAAGGAAGAACAAAAACCAGUCCAAACCAGUCCACACUAUGGAUUUCAAAGACACCCAGGAAGGACAGUAGCAUGGAGGUAUAAUGAUUUACUGACUGAAAAUGAGGCAAAAAUAACAUUUUGCAGUGAGGCUGUAUUAUAAUGUCGUCAAAGAACAUUAGCUUGGAAUGGCUUGAAAAUGCAAAGGAUCUACAAGAAUGAACUGUAAGCUCCCCCUUGAGGCAAAUGUUCAGAUCAUUUUUAUAUGAUGUUUGUUUAUUAAUUCAGUAACAAAAUAUGCCAUGCUAAAUAAAGGGUAUGUGUUUAUUUUGCUAAGAGAUGUAAGUUAGCUAGUUGUGAGCAAUGAAAUGAACAGAGCAUUUGAAGUUUUUACGGGGAAAUAUCCACAGUGUAUGUCAGUUUUAAGACUGUUUGUAGUUAAACAAACCCCCUCUGUUUCUUUUAGUCUCUCUUGCAUUGUAUUGUAUAGUCAAUGUACAGUAAAUGGAACUGACAAUUUUACAGUGUAACAAUUAUUUAUCUUUGCAUAAAAGUUUGAUACAAAA